AUGUCAAUAUUCAAUCCGGAGCUCGGCCUGGACGUCGACGAGUUCAACUUCGUACUCAUCAUUUUCUCGGCCAUCAUAGUCAGCCUCGGCCUUUUCGCCCUUCUAAUUCUGUACUGUCAAAUCAGUUGCGGGUGCUGUAAACGGAAGGAAUCGGGCAUUCGGAGGCCCAGUACAAUUCCACAAGUCAUGGUCACUCAGCACAGAGACAAGUACGUUUAAACGGCCACUAAAAGUUUAGUAGGAGGCGUGGCCUAGCAUUUUUGGGCUUCAAAUAUAAAUCCGUCAAAAAUUAACCAAUUCCGGCGAUUCGCCAUAAAACUUGUGAAACUAAUUGUUGUGCACAUUUUCAGCUCAAAACGAGAAGAUUUCAUUGAGAAAUGAGAAAGCUGAAUCGAUUUACGAAUUUUGUGCUGAAAAUGCUUUUCACGAUAACUUUAAUGUGCUCUUCUUGAAAUGUCUGUUUCAUAGAUUCAAAUUUCCAGAACGCCACUAUCGAUCGAUUGCCCCGAUUUGGAUUUCAUCGAUGCUCGCAACACCAACCUUGUUUCGUCGACAGUUCGAGUCGAUUCAGUUCACCAAACCCCCACUCUUUCAUAA